GCCCACGGGACAGGACCGCCGUGAGCAGGAAGCCCGACAGGAAGGACAGACCCCGAGCACCCCCUCAGCCAAGUGGGCCUUCAGAACGAUGGUCAAAGCCCAGAUGCAGGCAGCCCCCACGCCGGCCACUCCGAAGGCAGCUGCAGAAGACGGGCCGCUGCCUGCACCCCCAGCCCCGGAGGCUCUGCCCCCACCGCCACCCAAGGAGUCCCUCUGCAAGUCCCAGCAGCAGCGACAAGCCAGCGAGCUCCGCCGCCUCUACAGGCACAUCCACCCCGAGCUCCGCAGGAACCUGGCCGAGGCCGUGGCCGAGGACCUGGCCGAGGUCCUGGACUCGGGGGAGCCCACCGAGGGCGAGGUCCAGUGCAUGCGCUGGAUCUUCGAGAACUGGCGGCUGGAUGCCAUCGGGGACCGUGAGAGGCCGCCCGCCAGGGAGCCCGUGCCCGGUGGGGACGUGCAGGCCACCUCCCGCAAGUUUGAGGAAGGCACCUUUGUCAACAGCAUGGAGCAGGAGCCGGCGGGACCUCCGCCCUCUGGAGCGGACGUCCGUGCAGCCCGCCGGCUGUUUGAGACGAAGCCGCUGCACGAGCUGAGUGGCCAGCCCGAGGCCCUGGAGGCCACAGUGCGGGAGCCUGAGGCCAGCGGGGACGUCCAGGGUACCAGGAGGCUCUUCGAGACACGGCCGCUGGACCGCCUGGGCUCCCGGCCCUCCAUCCAGGAGCAGAGCCCCUUGGAGCUGCGCUCGGAGAUCCAGGAGCUGAAGGGUGACGUCAAGAAGACGGUGAAGCUGUUCCAGACGGAGCCACUGUGCGCCAUCCAGGAUGCAGAGGGCGCCAUCCACGAGGUCAAGGCCGCGUGCCGUGAGGAGAUCCAAAGCCACGCCGUGAAGACUGCCCGCUGGCUCUUUGAAACCCAACCUCUGGACGCCAUCAACAGGGACCCCAGCCAGGUGCGAGUGAUCCGGGGGAUCUCCCUGGAGGAGGGGGCCCGGCCUGACGUCAGUGCCGCUCGCUGGAUCUUUGAGACACAGCCCCUGGAUGCCAUCAGGGAGAUCCUAGUGGACGAGAAGGACUUCCAGCCGUCCCCCGACCUCGUGCCUCCUGGCCCGGGUGUCCAGCAGCAGAGACACUUGUUUGAGACCCGGGCGCUAGACACUCUCAAGGGGGAAGAAGAGCCUGGAGCAGAGCUCCCACCCAAGGAGGAAGUAGUCCCUGGCGAUGUCCACUCCACCCUGUGGCUGUUUGAGAUGAAGUCCUUGGACACUCCUGGAGACAAGGUCCAAGUGGGUCACCUGCAGCGGGUGGGUCCCCGGGAGCCUGAGCAUCUGUCCAGCAACGGCCCCGCGGUGCCGUCCCCCUCUGAGAGUGCCCCCCAGAGGGAUGGGGUGAAGGGGGAUGUGAAGGCCUUCAAGACCCUUUUUGAGACCCUGCCCCUGGACAGCAUUGGGCAGGUUGAGCCUUCAGCCCAGAGGAACCGGAGCAGAGCAGAAGGACUUGAUUCUGCUGGGCGGUCCCAGGACACAGGGUCCCCGGUGUAUGCCAUGCAGGAUGGCCAAGGCCACCUCCACGCCCUGACCUCUGUCAGCAGAGAGCAGGUAGUUGGAGGGGACGUGCAGGGCUACAAGUGGAUGUUUGAGACGCAGCCCCUAGACCAUCUGGGCCGAAGCCCCAACACCGUGGACGUGGUGCGAGGCAUCACCCGGCAGGAAGUGGUGGCCGGAGAUGUUGGCACUGCCCGCUGGCUCUUUGAGACGCAGCCCCUGGAGGUAAUCCACCGGCGGGAACGGCAGGAGCGCCAGGAAGAAGAAGGAGAAAGUCAGGCGGGUUCCCAGCCCGAGGCGCUCCCCAAAGGGGACGUGCAGACCAUGCGGUGGCUGUUUGAGACAUGCCCCAUGAGCGAGCUUGCGCAGAAGCAGGGGUCUGAGGCCAUAGACCCCACCGCGAAGGCCGAGGCUCGGUCCUGCACCUGGAUGUUUGCACCCCAACCCCCGGACAGGCCAGCGGACUCCAGGGAGCAGCACCUGCAGGUCAGCCAGGUCCAGGCUGGGGACAGACAGACAGACGGUCACAUCUUUGAAACCGAGCCUCUGCAGGCCUCAGCCCGUCCCAGUGGAAGGCGGCCUGUGCGCUACUGCAGCCGCGUGGAGAUCCCUUCAGGGCAAGUGUCUCGGCAGAAGGAGGUUUUCCAGGCCCUGGAGGCAGGCAAGAGGGCAGACCAGGGCCCCAGGGCCCUCCCCGAGCCCGUCCCCGAGGGCUCGGUGCACAAGUUCACUUGGAUCUUUGAGAACUGCCCCAUGGGCUCCCUGGCGGCCGAGAGCAUCCGUGGGGACAGCCUCCCGGAGGAGCAGCCCGCAGGCCCCUCGGGCAGUGAGGUGCUGGAGAGGCUGGAGACCGCGGCUGAGGGGACCCUGCAGGUUCUGCACGCCACGCCUGGCAUCCUGCACCGUGGAGGCAUCCUCAUGGAGGCCCGCGGGCCGGGGGAGCUCUGCCUCGCCAAAUACGUGCUCCCGGGCCCCGGGCAGGGGGGACCCCACGUACGGAAGGAGGAGCUGGUGUCUGGCGAGCUUCCCAGGAUUGUCCGCCAGGUGCUGCGCCGGCCCGACGUGGACCCGCAGGGGCUGCUGGUUCAGGAGGACCCAGUAGGCCAGCUCCGUCUUAAGCCACUGAGGCUGCCAGCUCCCGGCAGCGGGAACAUCGAAGACACGGACCCCGAGUUCCAGCAGUUGCUGGCGUGUGGCCUGGGGACCUCGGUCUCGAGGACCGGGCUGGUGAUGCAGGAGACAGAGCAGGGCCUGGUCUCCCUGACCGCCUACUCCCUGCAGCCCCGGCUGCCCAGCAGGGCCCCUGGGAGGGGCAGCGUGCAGCUGCUGGCCAGCUGCAUAGACAAAGGAGACCUGAGCGGCCUGCACAGUCUGCGGUGGGAGCCGCCGGCUGACCCAAGCCCUGUGCCAGACAGCGAGGGGGCCCAGAGGCUGCCCCCGCCUGCGAACAUCAUCCAUGUGCCCCCACUGGACCCCGGCACGGGGAUGGGGCAUCUGAGGGGCCCGGGAAAGGCUGGCCCUCUGGCUGGGGAAGAAGAGCAGGAAGAUGUCUGUGCUGGGCAGAACGGGACGGCAGCUUUGGGAAAGUCGGAAGGAAUGAGGCCCCUGGGGUCCGGGGCCCCAGACCUCCAGACCGCCAUGCAAAGGCUGCGGGUGGCCACGGCCGAGGCCCAAAGCCUGCACCAGCAGGUUCUGAACAAGCACCCGCAAGCCUCCACCCCCGGAGCCUCCCCCACACCCUGCCGAGAUGGUCAGCGCCAAGCAGCGGCUGCGGCCACCGUGGCUGCCCAGAGCACCACUGGGCCUGUGGCUGGAGGUGACCCCAGGAUCCCAGCAGCCCCCAGGAAGGUCAGUGGGGAGCAGAAAGCACUGCCCGGAGGGCUGCCAGGGGGGCGGGGGACUGUUCAGGAUGGCAUCUACACUGCUCACCCCGUGAGAACAUUUGACCCAUCGGGGGGUGUCCAGCCUUCUGAAAGAGAGGCCCCACAGAGGGGCGGGGACACUGCCCUCUCAGCCCAGGCUCCCAGCCCACUCCAGGACGGGCCAGGCCAGAGUCGGGGGCCUGGGCGGGAGGAGCCUGGGGGCUGCGCGCAGAUGGCCCCGGGACCUCCAGAGAAGGCAAGAGUCGGCCCAGGAGGCCCCCGAGCUGCGGGCACCACCCUGAAGGUUGCCUCUUUGGCCCACCACACCCAGGCCUCUGGGCCCCGGCCUGCUGGUGCCAGCCUGCCCUCCCAUAAUGCCUCUGUUCCUCCUCCUCCUCUUCUCUCAGCUGCUGUGACAGGACCUGACCUCCCGGCCCCAGCCCACCAUGAGGAGGACUCUGUGCAGCAGGACUCUGAGGCCCUGCAGGGCCCCCUUCUCCACCCUCACAGCAGCCCUGCCAGCCAGAGGACCCCCGGGGAGCCAUGGACAAGGACCCCAAAGCCGGAGCCCAAGACGUCCCCAAGGAAGAAACCUCAGCUGCCUCCCAAACCCGCAUACCUAAGCCAGAUCCCCCCGCCCCAGAGGCUGCCCAAGCGCGUAGCUCCGUCUCCCAGCUCCUCCAAAGAAGCCAGGCAAGGAGCGUGCAAGCCUGGUGAGGGAGGGGCAGCCAACGUCCCCACCGCUGCCAGCCAGGCAUGCCUACCUCUGGCCGGAGGCCCCAGGGAGCAGAGCCAGCCCCGCCCCCAACACAGCCCUGGAGCCUUGGAUUCCAGAUCCACUGGGAGCCAGGCUGCUGGCAGCAAGGCCCAGAGCCCUGAGCCCCCCACGCCCUCGGCUCUCAGCAGCCACCCCACCUCACCGCAGCAGGCUCCUGGCCCCCCAGGAGAGAGGCCCGAAGCAGAGCCCCAGCACGGGGCCUCCGAGAGCACCGAGACUCUGCAGGGAGGCCGGCCGGAGCUCCAGGGCCUCCUGAGCCAGCUGCAAGCCCUGGAGAAGGAGGCCGCAGGCAGUGUGGACAUGCGGGCGGUGACGACGCUCUUUGAAAGGGUGCCCCAGCUGGGAGUGCCUCCUCGGCCUCCUGCUGCCCCCCAAAAGCCUGAGGCCUCGGUGGUGCAGGCCUUCGGGGAGCUCACAAAGGUCAGCACAGGGGUGGCCCGGCUGCGGGAACAGACCCUGGCCAGGCUGCAGGACAUUGAGGAGGCCGUGCACAAGGCCCUCAACUCCAUGUCUAGCCUCCAGCCUGAGACGGACACCAAGGGCCAGUCCCAAGGCCCCCUGAAGGACCACAGCGCCUGCGAGAUCAGCAACACGGACCGGAGGAGAGCCGGACCUGACCGCCCAGGCCAGGAGGCCGGAGGGCAAUCUGCAGUCAAAAACACACCCAGGGACACGUGCCUCAUCGAGGCCCAGAGUCAGGCCAAGGUCAGGAAUCACACAGAGGCCGGGGCUCAGCCCACCGCAGCCGUCCCUUUGGCCAGGAGGCCAGAGACAGGGAGGGAAGCCUCAGGCCUGGCUGGAGCCUUCCCUGGCAGCAGAGAGUCAUCUUGCUCCCCAACCUUUAUCACCGCUGAGUCGGCCACAAGGAAGCUUCCAGAGGCUCCCAGCCCCAGGGCCAUCCUUGAGGUCUCAGUGAGAAGCAGUCACCAGGCACCGGAUGUGGGCCAGGCCGGGCUCCCCCAGAAAGGUUUCCAGGAAAGGGCUGGAAAGACGGAGGCCGCCCAGUGCUCUGGGCAGUCCGAGCCUACCCCCGCCUCCUUAGGAAGCCCCCUGACCGCGGGGCAGAAGGGCAUUCUGGGGCCGCACACUGGACCCGGUGGAGCCACGGGAACCUCCAUCCAGCAGUGUGAAGGGGUGGGCCAGUGCAGGGACCCAGCCCUCCUGGCCUCUGCCAGGGUCAAAGAGCAGGGACCCCAGCUCCAGCUCCCUGCGCCCCCCUUGCUCCGGCCUUUCCUGCGCGGCCCAGCCGGGCUCAGCGGGGGCCUGGCCCAUGCUCCCUGCGGCGCUUCCAGCCCGGAACCCCCUGAGGGCCAGGGCCUCCGACCACCCUGGGGCGCUCCCCUCCAGGGCCCUGCGGCCCAGGGGGGGCGCUGAACCCUGCAGGCACGAGGCGGGACCAAGAAGGAAGGGCAUCUUGUGAGACCUGUGGGCAGCUUCCUUUCCUCGCCUCCAUCUGUAGGUCCAGUUCUCGCAAAGGUAAGAAAGGCUGGGAAGAGGCCCACCAGGCAGAGCAUCGGGGCCCGCGUCUUCUUCCAGGGACGGACCAGGCUCGGACACAUUGCGGGCCACCGUGUGACACGGAGCCCCCGAGUGAUCUCUCGGCCUUUUUAUUCUUUUAUGAUGAGAUAGCAUGUUCUCAGCCGUCUCUCUGUCCCUUAAUUCUUGGGGAAGACAGGCCAGCCGGACGGCAAGAUCGAGGACUGUUUAGGAGGGCUCGCGCAGCCCUUUUAUCACAUCUCCAUCAUUCAGCGGGUCGUCCCGACAGCCCAGAGGUCACACAGAAGAGCUUGGCAAUCAGCGGUGUCCCAGAAAGCAAACAUGCUGCCUCUCUACGCCCACCACCCUUCACUCUGUGCCCAAAUGGAAACCCUACAGUCGAAUAAACUCAAGCUUUCCUCUGUCGUC